AUGAACGUUUUCAAGGUCCAACACCAAUAAAUGCUGUACUUUUAUUUGGUGGAAGACAAUGGAAUUCAAAUUCACUUUUUUCUUAUGAACGUGAAAAUAUUCCAUCAAAAAAAUCUUUUCAUAUUAUUAAAUCAUGUUCAAAUUUUAAUUUAAGAAAACGAAAAAAACUUGAACAGGUUUUAGCAAAAAUAAAUAAUUUUGCUUUUUAUUAUUGA